AUGGCGCUGGAGACGGGGCCCCUCCUGCUGCUGGCCCUCAGCCUGGGCUUGGCCAGCGCCCAGAAGACUCUAGAAGGGGUGCCGGUGCAGCCGGGCUUUGACGCCCACAAGGUGGAGGGACGCUGGCUAACCAUCCGGCUGGCCGCCAGCCAGGCACGCCUGGUCUCCCCAACAGACCCCUUGCGGCUGGCUCUCCAUUCCAUUGAGACCCGGGACAGGGACCUGGAGCUCGUCUUGUUCUGGAGGGGAGAGAGCGUGUGCAGAAGAGUCAGCGUCACCAUCCACCCCACGGGGCAGCCAGGCCAGUACCAAGGCUCCUUCGAGGGAGGCGGCAGCAUGCUGGUUCACUUCGUCAGCACCGACUACCGCAGCCUCAUCCUUCACGUCCACUUUGAGGACGACGGCGGCGAGGUCACCAGCCUGUGGGCGCUGCUGGCCAGGAGAAUGCCCGGGGACCCCGAGUGGCUGGGGCAGUACCUGGAGUACGUCAGGGAAUUCCGGCUGCAGGAAGCGCCUGUCUUCAACCUGGACGGUAACCCCGCCCUCCCUCUGGCUCCCUGCACCCAUCUUCAGGCCUGGGACCCCCACUAG